AGUGAGAGAUAAAGAACAACGCAAUAUUAAUACCUUGCUGUGAAAAAAUACAUUAUUCAUCACGGAAUUGGAUUAAAACUCGUUUCUCAUGGAAAAUUAUACCCUUCAACGGGCAUUUUCAAUUAUCGAACCAUAAGUUGCGUGUUUUUUUUUUAAUUGAAAGAAGUCAAAUCGUUUGAUUAUCUUUCGGUGUGUUUUUGUUUUGUCGUUCAAUCGAAGGCUCUAGACGGAAAUGUCAUUUCGUUUGCUGGGCAACCGACUUUUUCAACAUGGUCGGACAUUUGUACACAAUUAUUGCGUCAAGAGAAAUAUUAACAUAAGCAUUUUGGACCCGACGAGAAACCAUUAUUUCACCCGUCAAAUUGGCACUGCAGCUAAGGUAGGAAUCUCAAAUUCGAAUCAGUGGGCUCUGCGAAACAAUACACUUUAUCGUUUCGGACAGCAUGCUCGACGCCUUUUCGUUGAUAAUAUAUUGAACCGAAUAACACCGAUUUAUUCAGCUGAUUUACGAAAUGAAGCAACAAAAAAGUUUCUUUUUGGUGAUUCAGCUCCAUUAUUCGCAUUGAUUGGUGUUUGUUUGGCUUCUGGUACGGGAAUAUUAACAAAAGAUGAUGAAUUGGAAGGUGUUUGCUGGGAAAUUCGAGAAGCUGUGUCACGUUUACAUGACAAUUCAAAAUUUGGACGGGGAAAUAUAAAAAAUACAAACGAACUCGGAUUGGAUGAUUUAACGAUUGGCGCUCCAAUUGCAAAGGGUUGUUCGGCUGUUGUUUAUGCAGCCGCAUUUAAAGACAGCCGAACGGCCAGUCCACUUAAGGUCCCUGAAUACGAUUCAGAUGAGUCAAGUAAUCUAUCAACCGAUACAGACCUGUCACCAAUGCGUGAUGUGAAUCGUUAUGUCCAUAACUUUGGCUCUAGCUUAGAAAACCCACAUUUUCUGCAUCGUAAUUUGAACACAUCACACGUCUCUGAACGCCAUGAAGCAAAGCCACAUCGAAGAGUUUUAUUUAAUUCAAAACCAGAUGUAAGAUAUCAAAGCAAACCAAAUCAAAGUCGAGACGAUGUCAGCAGUGAUCAAAACUCACACGAUGGUUCUGCGACCGUUUCGUUCAAUGAUGAGACAAAUAACGAUAUUGAAACAUAUCCAUUGGCAUUGAAAAUGAUGUUUAACUAUGAUAUUCAAAGCAAUGCAAUGGCCAUAGUGCGUGCAAUGUAUAAAGAAACAAUUCCGGCUGUACAUAAAUAUCGCAACUCUGAUGCUGAAGGCUGGGAAAAACAAUUGAUGGAACAAACCGUACAAUUGCCAGCCCAUCCAAAUAUUGUUUUUAUGGUUGGCGUGUUUUGCGCUCAGGUGCCAAAUUUAAUGGAAUCAUCGUCAUUAUAUCCCAUGGCGUUACCGACCCGAAUAAAUCCACAUGGUUAUGGUCGAAAUAUGAGCUUAUUUUUGCUUAUGAAACGAUACGAGCACAAUUUGUGCGAAUAUUUAAAAUCAUCGCGGGAAAUUUCAAUGCGAACACGACUCUUACUUUUUGCCCAGCUACUCGAGGGUGUUGCACAUUUAUAUCGCCACGGAAUCUCACACAGAGACUUGAAAAGUGAUAACAUUCUUAUCGAUCUGAAUGGUAAUGAUGUGCAUCCAAUUUUAGUGCUUUCGGAUUUUGGAUGUUGUUUGGCUGAUAAAAAUAAUGGUUUAACAUUGCCAUAUACAUCGAUGGACAUCGAUAAAGGAGGCAAUACCGCACUGAUGGCUCCAGAAAUUUUAACAAAAUCACCGGGUACAUUUUCUGUAUUGGAUUUUUCAAAAUCCGAUUUAUGGGCUUGUGGCGCCAUUGCGUACGAAAUUUUCGAUUCGAUAAAUCCAUUCUAUGGCCAAUCGUCUGAAAAAACAAAUCAACCGAUUUUAAAAAGUGCUUCAUAUCAAGAUGAUGAACUGCCUUCCAUUAACGAAAAUGUACCGUUAAUCGUUCGCAAAUUGAUUUCAAACAUUUUACAUCGGAAUCCAAAUCAACGUUUAAAACCGGAUGUUGCAGCAAAUGUGAUGCAAUUAUUUUUAUGGGCACCGUCAGCAUGGCUGAAGCCAAUGGUAACGGUAAACAAUGCGGAAAUUCUACAAUGGCUAUUAUCGCUAACCACAAAGGUUUUAUAUGAAGCUCGUCUUGGUGGUAUUGUGUCAGCAGAACGCAAACCAAACGAUAAAUUUGGCAUACAAAACAUCGAAUCGAACCGAACUCAUACCGAAUAUUUGCUUUUGUCUAGCUUCCUGAUUCGAUCACAACUUCGUCAAAUUAGAAGCGCCUUGGAAUGGAUCCAUCAAUCAAUUGAUAAUAAUUAAGAGAAGAGAAGAAGAAAAAACCGUGAAAACCCACACAAACCAACACAAACACAAUACGAAAGUCAUUAUACACAAUAUUGAUGAUAAAUAUGCGAGAAAUUUAAAUUGCUGUGAAUA